CUUCCAGCUCUAGCGUGCUGCAAUGGGGUGUGAAAGAAGGAAUUUAAAUUCUAAUGUCCUUACAAUUAAUUAUAUCUUUUAUGACUGAUAUCUAUCUGAUAACAAACCUCUCCUGGUUGACAGUAGGUACAAACAAUAUUACCAGAAGAUGCAGAACGUGGUGUCAUCAUUUGAUGUGGUAGCAGGAUGUGGGGCAGCUAAACCAUACACAGCCCUUGCUCUACAAACCAUUUCAUGCCAUUUUCGGUGUUUGCGUGAUUCAAUCACUGGUCAAAUUCGUGCAACACAAAAGAGCCUUGGGGAGCAUGAUGCUUCUGAAAGUAAUAAAGGAGUUGGAAUGGCAAGACUAAAGUAUGUGGACCAUCAAGUGCGACAACAAAGGGCUCUUCAGCAGCUUGGUAUGAUGCAGCAUGCAUGGAGACCGCAAAGGGGGCUUCCAGAAAGCUCUGUUUCGAUUCUCCGCGCAUGGCUUUUUGAGCAUUUCCUUCAUCCAUACCCAAAGGAUUCCGAAAAGACCAUGCUAGCAAGACAGACAGGCUUAACCCGAAGUCAGGUCUCAAAUUGGUUCAUAAAUGCACGUGUGCGUCUGUGGAAGCCUAUGAUUGAGGAUAUGUACAAGCAAGAUGUUUCUGAUGUGGACAUGGACUCAACUUCUUCAUCUGAAAAUGUCUCCAAGGCAACAAAAAGUGAUGUCAAGAUCUCCAAUGAUACGGUUGAUGAUUCACAGCACUGUCAGAGUCCAAUAGUAACCGAUACAAAUCAUGGUGGUGGACAAGCUAAGGACUUUGGAUAUGAUCAAGUUCUUGAUACAAAAAUCAUGGCAUCCACUGGAUUAGCUAGUCAUGAGGUUGAAACAGAACAUAGGUCAGGAAAGCAGUCUGGGGAGAAAAGGCCAAAUUUGGAUAAUUGUGGUCUCUUCUCUGAUAACAUGAUUGUUCAAUCUGAUAGAGCUACUAAUGAUGACAGGUUUAUAGCAGUUGGUUCAACGUGCCAAAUGUCAGAGUUUGAGAGCUUCAAGUCAGGAAGUGGAGUGUCUCUAACUUUGGGUUUACAGCAUUGUGAAGGAGGUAAUUUUUUGCCUGGUGAGACCCAUCUCAGUUUGGUUUCCAUGAAGGAAAAUGGCAUCUACCGCAGUGCAGGUGCAGCUUCUACAGUUGGAGUACAUACAGCAGAACUUGAGCACGUUGGUGCUGGAAACCAACGACAGAGGUUCAGUUCACCUCAUAUGUUACAUGAUUUUGUUGUGUGAUGAUAAUCUGUUUAGACCAUUCUGUGAAUGGCAAGUGCUGAUGUUGGGACCAGUUUGCAGACAACGAGUCACAAAAGGAACGCAGUGGUCCUUCAAGGGAUGAUAGGACUGACAAAAACAGAUGUAUGAUAUCCUGAAAUUUAUUGGGAAGAUCUAUAACUUAUGAUUAAUGUGUAGGAAACAUGAAUAUUAGGCCUGUUUAUGCAAUGAAGAAAUUAAGAAACAUAUGACAAUGGUAAUAAUAAAUGGAUUGUCUGACUGUUGUACUAA